UUGGCCGCCGAAUCAAUCUCGAUGAAGCGCGCAAGUCCCAUAACGAUUGCGCCGCCAGCCUCGAAAUUAAACGACGCACCUCCUGCAUAUGCAUCCAUUAUGUCGGAAUUGUGGCCCUUCAGCCUCGUUAUAGCCCAAUGCGCCCCUUAUCCACAGCCUUCCUUCGCUCGAAGGGUGACCUGGCGGCGCAACUUCUCUCACCACCGUAGUACGCCUUCAGUGGUGGAGCCCCAUGAAAGGUAGAAAUGCACCUUCCACUCGUCCUGACUUUCGUCUUCUUUUCUUUGCAAACAUGGUGUCAGACCGUGCAGGAUGAUUGGACUGCACCGGCAGCUCCCGAUGGCUCUACCCCUCUGCAGAGUGGAACCAAGUUCACCCUCCUUUGGAAGCCAGCUCUUCAGAACAACUUUGCGACUUACUGUCCUCUGUGCGAUACUGCGAAGCUUGAUCUUUGGAUCACAAACUUUAAUGGGACCAAGUACACCUCCAAGAUCGGACGCGGUAUCGAUCUUUUCACGGCUACGUCUUACGACUGGAAUGUCAACAUUGCUUCGACCGCGUUUUCGGAGAAUGCCUUCUGGGUAUUCCGCUUCACUUUCUUCGACUCCGUGGAUCCGUACUCACAACAGAUCUCGUCGCCCGGAUUCAAGAUCAGUGGUCUUGUGAAGGCCUCCAGUACAACUGUAGCGCAGUCGAGUAGUUCAACAUCUGACGUCCCAGCGUCUUCAAGCUUCGCCGCCACUUUUACAAGCGCGGUCCCUUCCAACUCCAUGUCCAGCACUACAACUCCUUCGGAACCAACAUCUACUCCCGAUACAACAUCGAGAAGCAACACUUGGAUUGCUGGCGUUGUUGCUGGCCCAAUCGUCGGUAUAGCUCUUGGUGCUGCGCUCAUGUGGUAUUGCUUACGCAGACGGAAGGAGGACAAUGCGCAACAAAUUCAGGGAAACACGAAAAGGAAUCAGCGGGGUUGUAACUCACAGUACACAUCUACCGAGAAUGCGAAGAAUAUGUACUCUCAGACGAUUGCGAGCGCCCGUCACCCAUGGCAGCAAGAAGUCCAUAGCCAGUACGUAGCGGAGGCCCCAGCUCACUCAAUUCCUGCACCACCUGCGGAGCUGUGGCAAGGUAACUAUAGGUCGUAGGCCCGGUGCUCGAGGAACAAGAAUCAAAGAGCGCGUUGCGCCCGCGAUGGAUAGUAGCAUGAUUGUAGUAGAACCAAACACAUCUAUGUUAUAAAUACAAUAUAAUAGCUUCUGCU